AUGUCUCUCCCAGCUGAAGAACAUCACCUCCAUACCCGUGCCUUCAAGCACAUGUGGGCACGACACGUCGCCCAAAAAGGCUUCGAAGACGAUGUUCAAGCCGCUGCCAAGCGCGUCAUCCAAGCCCAACAAGAGCAUCCUGAGCUUUUCCCAAAGAAAGUACACGAAGAUGAAGGUGUCAGUAAGAUUCUUGACAAGACCCAGAAGCUCACUGGUGUUGGCUUCGUCCCCAGGAAGUCCAACCAUCUUGAGAUUGGUAUCAUCGGCGCUGGUGUCGCUGGAUUUUUCACUGCCAUGGUAUUCGACUGGCUGAAUGAGCAGUGCGAAAAGGAGGGACUGAAGAUUGAGUACGACAUCAUGGAGGCUGCAAAGAUGAACAGGCUGGGAGGAAGGCUGUAUACGCAUCGGUUUUCGCAUGGUGAGCAUGAUUACUAUGAUGUUGGAGCGAUGCGAUUCCCCAACAACACUAUCAUGAAGAGGACCUUCCAGUUGUUCAAUUACAUCGGCCUCAAGCCAGGAAAAGGCGGAUUGAUCCCAUACUACAUCGGAGAUGAGGACAAUGUCUGCCCGACAUACUUCAAUGAUGUUUCCGGUGUCGGAAAUGUCUGGACGGCUGAAGCGAAUGACCCAUUCAAGUUCAAUGAGGGUCUUCCUGAUAAAGCCAAGAUCCCCGUUCACCUACUCCAAGUGAACCCUUCAGACCUAGUCAGUGAGGCUUUGGAUGACUUCAUCAAGGUGGCUGUAGAGAAGUUCAGGAAAGCCGUUGAUGAGAAUGAUGAAAAGGGACCCGAGACAACCAAGCUUUGGGCCCUCCUGAUGGAGGCUGAUAAGCUUAGCACUCGUCAGUUCCUCUCUUCGGGAGACGGUGACAGAAAGAAGAGGGAGGGCAAACCCAAGGACAAUUCUGGUCCCAUUCCCGAGGGCCCGGGGUACAACUACAACACCAUUGAGUGGCUCGAGUCUGCCACAUAUGGCACUGGCUGGUACGACCAGUCCCUCACAGAAUGCGUUCUUGAAGAACUCGACUUCGCAACUCCCAAACCAAUCGAUGGCCAACCCAACAACUACUGGUGGUGUAUCGACGGAGGCGCCCAAACCAUCGCGCACCGUAUGGCAAAAAUGAUCAAACAGCCCGUCCAAUACAACAGCCAAGUUGUCGCCAUAGACGCGCAGGUUGAAGAGCGCAAGAAGCGCAAGCCCAAGGACUUUACGUCGAUGAAACUCCGCAUCAACAAAAACCAGGUUGUCAAGGAAAAGGAGUACUUUGCUGUGUUCAAUAGCACAACGCUCGGUGCUCUUCAAAGAAUGGAUCUCAAGGAUGCGGGCCUUCUCUGGGGCACCAAGCAAGCUAUUCGGGCUUUGGGAUAUGGUGCUUCGUGCAAGGUUGGUAUCAAGUUUGAGACGGCGUGGUGGCAGAAGCCUCCGUUCAACAUCAAGAAGGGUGGUAUUGCGCAUACUGAUCUUCCUCUUCGGGUUUGUGUGUAUCCGUCCUACAACAUUGAGUCAAACGAGGGCCAGGAUUGGGACCCUAACAAGCCUGCUGUGCUUCUGUGCUCGUACACCUGGGGUCAGGAUGCACAGCGCAUUGGAUCUCUGAUCUCACCCGAGACGCCCAAGAAUGAAGAGCAGCUCCUCUCUGUGCUUCUUCACGAUCUUGCGCUGCUACACUCAAAGCAGAGCGACUACACAUACGAUCAGCUUCUCGCUCUUCUCAAGGAUCAGUAUCAGGACCAUCAUGCGUAUGAUUGGUACAGAGACGAGAACAUGUCUGGUGCUUUUGCAUACUUCGGCCCGAGCCAGUUCUCCAACAUGUGGUCAGAGAUCAUUAAGCCCAACGCCUACGGUCAACUGUAUCUCAUCGGCGAAGCCUCCUCUUCCCACCACGCAUGGAUUGUCGGCGCCCUCGAGAGUGUCAUCCGCGCAGUAUAUCUGAUGUUUGAAGGUCUUCAAAAGCAAGAACCCGACAAUGAAGCUUACAAGAAAGCCAUUGAGCUUUUGAGUAAAGAACCCGAUACUCCCAAAGAAGGCGGUGAUGUCUUUGGUGGAUUUCCGGAUGACAAGCCUCAAGAGCCGCAGAAGCUACCAUCUGGUCUUCCGUUCCACCCGUUGCCGGAGGAGAUGCCCAAGAGACAACUGGAUGCUGAUCGUGAUGCAAAGUUGGUGAGGGAUCCGUUGGAGGAUGUCAAGUUUGGUGAUGAGGUUUCGCUUCUGUUCUCGAGUGCUAUGAUCACGUUGAGUUUGAUUGAGAGUUUCUUUGAGUUGCAGGUCGAUGAGGCCAAGGACAAGCCCCAGUAA